AUGACUAAUUAUCUACUUCUUGAAUCACAACCGGAAAACAAGUAUUCCAAGCUUGUUAACAACCAAAAGAUAGUGAUAAUUCCAGAAUUUACACUCGAAUGCGGUGAAUCUCUUUACGAGGUUCCAGUUGCUUUCAAAACCUGGGGGAAACUUAACGAGAAGAAAAAUAAUUGUAUGGUCAUCUGUCAUGCUUUAACUGGCUCCUCGGACAUUUCUGACUGGUGGGGACCCCUCUUAGGUAAGGGCAAAGCUUUUGACCCAACAAAGUUUUUCAUAAUAUGUUUGAACUCUUUAGGAUCUCCUUAUGGUUCUGCUUCUCCAAUGACAAAAGACCCAGCUUCAGGUGAAAGGUAUGGUCCGGAAUUUCCUUUGGCCACCAUCCGUGAUGACGUGCGAAUCCAUAAAAAAGUCCUUGAUUUCUUGGGCGUGAAGCAAAUCGCCGCGGUAAUUGGUGGUUCCAUGGGUGGUAUGGUUACCUUGGAAUAUCCUCUCAUCCUCGGUGAGGAAUAUGUUCGAAGUGUGGUGGCAUUAGCAACCUCUGCUAGACACUCAGCCUGGUGUAUUUCCUGGGGCGAAGCUCAACGUCAAAGUAUCUAUUCUGACCCAAAAUAUAAGGAUGGUUAUUAUGAUGUUAAUGAUGGCCCAGUUUCAGGUUUGGCGGCUGCCAGAAUGAGUGCGUUGUUGACUUACAGAUCUAGAAAUUCUUUUGAGAACAGAUUUGCAAGAAACGAUCCAUUGCAGGCCAAAAAUGUCCCAAAAUCAAAACUCUUGGGCCAUGAAGGUUCUAUUCCUGAGAACUCCCCUGUGACACCUAAAGAAGAAAAUUGGACAAUUCAUAAUGAGGGUAACAAGAACCGCAAGCAUUCAGUGAGUUCACCAUCUUUGAGGGCUGAGCCUCCAACUUCUCCUUCUGCUAAUAUCAGUCAUCCAAAGAAGAGACCUCAAACGUUUUUCACUGCUCAAAGUUAUCUCAGAUACCAAGGUGAUAAAUUCAUUGGUCGUUAUGAUCCUAACUGUUACAUUUCCGUAACCAGGAAAUUGGACACUCAUGAUUUGUCCAGAGAUCGCUAUGUCACCAAUCCAGAAAAUCCAAAUGAAUUGAUUCCAAUUACUAUGGAACAGCAGCUUGGCAAGAUUACUCAGCCGAGCUUAAUCAUUGGGAUUGCCUCUGAUGGGUUAUUCACUUUGGCUGAACAAGAAUAUUUGGCCAAGCAUAUCCCAAACUCAGUUAUGUACACUGUCCAUUCGUCAGAGGGACAUGAUGCCUUCUUAUUAGAAUUUAUGGAGAUCAAUAAUUUGAUUAUCGAUUUUGAGGAGAAGCAUUUGGUGGAUAUUUUGGAGCAGGAGGCAAUUGAGUUGGAUAACCAUGAAGACUUGAGAAUGAAAGGGGGCCCUAGUUUAUUUGGAGAGUCUGAAGAGGUUACCAACUGGUAA